AUGGCCAAAGAUGAAGUCAUCAAUGCAUAUGAAGCCCUGCGUGAAGUUUGUCCACCAGGCCAGGAAAUGCUAAGUCAGACUGACACUUGCACUGCCAUUACUACCCAACUUCUGCAAAUAGUUACAAACAAGAAAGAAAACACCAGUGGUGAAAUAACACAUGGUCAGCAACUACAUAACUUGCUGCAACAUGAUGACAAUAGAUCUAUAUUCAGUACCACAACAUCUAGAUCAUCCCAUGUGUCAAUGAGUUCAGUAGAAAAACGUGCAGAUGCCGCUGCUGAAAUUGCAGCACAAGAAGCAGAGUUAGAGAUGUUAAAGGCUACUGAAGCUAAACAAGUGGAGCUAGAAGAUCUUGAGCAUCAACAAGAGAUUUUGCGUCAUAAACAAGAGCUGAAAAAAAGAGAAAUGGAACGUAUAGAAAAGGAGAAACUGUUAGAGAAGGCUAAAGCCAAGUUUAAAGUGUAUGACCAAGUAUGCCAGGAUGUUUGCAAAGUUGAAGACAAGGAUGAGAACAUUUUGGCAAGUAAACAGUUCCCUCAUGCUUCAAAUGAUAACACAAAACCGAAUCCAACACAGCCGUCUAUGGAUUCAUCCUCUCUGGCCUGUGCUUUACAGAAUAGCUUGAUGAGUCGGUUGCCAUUGCCAGAACCGCCCGUAUUCACUGGGGAUCCCUUGCAGUAUAUUCAAUGGAAGACAAGCUUCAAGAGUCUCAUUGAGAGUAGAGGUAUCUCAGCUGCCGAAAAAAAUGUACUAUUUGAGGAGGAAGCACGCAUCGCAUGUAAUCCAAUUUCAUCGCUGGGUGCUAUUAGAGAAUCAAGCUUCACAGAAACUGUAAGAGAGCCCAAAGAUAAAGUUAAAAGGUUCAACCGAAUCAGAGGUACAUUUAGUACAGAGUCAAAGCAGGUCAACAAAGAAUCUGAUGCUAAAAAAACAGUUAACUCCACUACCUGUCUCAAGAAAGGACACAUUUCCAGAGAAUGUCGACGAAGACUAACAUGUGAGAAGUGCCAAGGGAAACACCCAACAAUAAUCCAUGACAACUAUAAAGAUAGAAACACAACCAAACCAACGUCAGAAGCAUCAGCAGUGUCAUGUAAGGUUCAACUUGGUGACAGCAAUAGUACAUCUAUGAUAGUACCAGUCUGGGUGUCCUCCAAAGGGUCUCUUCCUAAGGAAGUGCUAACAUAUGCAUUAUUAGACACACAAAGUGACUCCACAUUUAUUCUAGAAGACAUAGCAAAGGCUCUGUCAAUUCAAUGUAAACCAGUCCGACUGAAACUUUCAACAAUGGCUUCAGCAUCAUCCAUUGUUGACUGCAAUGUUGUUUCAGACUUGCGUGUCAGAGGAAUGUCUUCAUCUGUAUGCAUAGACAUCCCACAAUCGUAUACCAGAGAUAUUAUUCCAACUGAUAGAUCACACAUUUCAACCACAGAUACAGCAAAGAGAUGGUCUCACCUGCAGAGAAUAGCUCAUGAGCUUCCUCCCCUGCAAGACUGUGAAGUAGGUAUGCUUAUUGGCUACAACUGCCCACAAGCAUUGGUACCAAGGGAGACUAUCAUUGGUAAAAGUAAUGAACCAUAUGCUGUGAUGACAGAUCUGGGAUGGAGUGUCGUUGGAUAUGAAGAUCCGGUAUGCAAUAGCGCUACACGUAUUUGCCACCGUAUCUCAGUGAAAGAAGUUCCUUUUAUAGCUCCUAAACAAAUUCUCAAUGUUUUGGAAGCUGACUUUCUAGAGAAGAGUCAAGGAGAGAAAGCAGUUUCACAAGAUGAUAUCAAGUUUCUCAAUAUUCUAGAGACUGGUAUCCAGCAAACAGAAAGUGGCCAUUACAGUAUGCCACUUCCCUUUAAAUCUGGAAAACCUAUACUUCCUAACAGCAAGAGAAUGGCGUCAAUUCGUCUGCAACAUUUGAAGAAGAAAUUCAACACCAACCUAAAAUAUUAUUCAGACUAUAAGAGAUUUAUGAAUGAUGUCAUAGAAAAGGGUGAGGUAGAGAAAGUUGAUGACCAAGUGACAGAUGGAAAGGUCUGGUACAUACCGCAUCAUUGGGUGUACCACCCUAACAAGCCUGAGAAGAUAAGGGUAGUUUUUGAUUGCUCAGCUCGCCAUGGUGGGACUUCCCUGAAUGACCAUCUACUCACUGGACCCGACUUAAUAAACUCUUUGAUUGGUGUACUUUGCAGAUUCAGGAAAAAUCUCAUAGCCAUUAUGUGUGACGUAGAGAAGUUCUUUGUACAUGUAGAAGAUCGCAACUACAUAAGGUUCUGA